CAGUUUCCUCGUCGACGCAACGCAGCUCUUGCUCAUCCCAUCAAGCCAACUUUGUUUCACAACCCAUCAACACCUUGAAAAUGAAUGCUCUUUUCGCUGCCCGAAGAAGUCUUAGUGCCCUUCCACGGUGAGUGCAACCGGAGAUAAUUGCUGCGUCAAUCUGAAUGCUAGUAGUUAUUGGCCACUGGGAUAAUCGGUGGUCGUAGGAGCUCGGUAAAAUCAUCAUCUCGGCGUUUAUUGAUUGACUGACACAUUGCGCUUCCUUUUGAAAAUGAAAUCACUUCGAUGUUUCUUGUUCGCCAUGUCUUUUCGCGAUUAUCCAGUGCGACUGCCAGCCGCCGAACCAUCUCUAACCGCAAGGUUAUCGACGAUAUUAAGAACAAACCCAUCUGGUUGGAGGAUCCCUCGACGUAUCCCGUGAUUGCCUGCACCGUCGUUGCGUGUGUCGGGUGCGCCGGCUACUUUAUGUACAUUCAAACCUGCAAGAAUUACAUUCGCUGGUCGCCUUCGAAGCGCUGCUCCGAGAUUCGUUGGUGGGGUGACGACAAGGCCGACCUUCGCAUUUCCAAAUAAACACCAUGUCAGGUCAAAAUGAAACGUUUCGUGCAGUUAACAAAUCAAUUGACGGUUUGAGGCGCAAUAGGAAAGGAAGGAAGAAAAUGCAACAGAUUACGGCGAGAAAGAAAGAUGAUCGAUUGGAUUUGUGUGUAUCAAAUACAGCGACGGUAUUUAGUAUAUAUCARCCAGAAGGAGAACGAAAUCGAGAUCGUUUCAGGUGACAGUUAAUUGACGGGGACGUGGUGUACAGAAAGUAGAUUCUGGGAAUCACUAAAAUGACUACUAGAGACUGAUUUCUUUCGUAAUCCAUCUAGUUGGAGUUUCCAUUUUGGGAGUAUUGCACUGUGUUGUAGACGAUAUUUUCUUCGUUCCUUUCGAACCCCGGAACACGAUCAUAUCUUAUAGCUGUUCAUUCUUUCUUGCUUCCAUACAGGACAAAAUAGUGCAACGAAAGCUUUAGUUGGUUACUCAUUUAUAAUCAACGACUACAAAAGUUUGACCUCGGAAAGAACACAAAGUUGCCUUUUGUGAAUCAAUUGCACCCACAAAUCAAUACUUUUUUAGUGUUGAAUGAUCAUUCCUCCUUUGCCUUUCCACUUCCGCGAUCGAUGGUUGGCCACCACAGUGGCAAAUAUGGUAGAAAGCGCAGCGGACUGGCACUGCUUCCCUCUCCAAUCGAGACCUUAUUGGUGUGUUUCCACGUGGGCACGUCGUCGGCAUCCCCAGUGGCUUUGUCGUCGCCCUUUGGUUUUCGUGCCGGUUUUUCCAGCAAACCCACCCGGUCCAACCGCAUCUGCGCCAAAAGAACAUUGGUACCUUCUUCCGGCAGGGCAACAAUUUGCCCGAUAGCUUUUCCGUCGUUGGAGUCGUAAAUUUUGUCGCCGACCUUAUAGGAUUGCAGUUCUUCGAAUAGUGCUUCGGUCUGGGCCUGCAAUUCGUCGCUUGCC